AUGGGGGCCUUCACUUCCGGCUGCACGUUCGCCUUAUGGUCGAACCUUUCCCGGUUGGCCUACUGGCCGCUGGGCCUUCAACUAAGUUGGUUUAAAGCACACCUAAAAUCCGUUUGCACAUCGCCAACAGACUGUGCAAAUAGGUUGGGAAAUUCUCUAAUACUGCUGGGAGAUAUUGAAGCCAAUGACGUAGGUUACUCACUGAUUCAGGGCAAAUCAAUUAGAGAAGUACGGACUUAUGUGUCUUAUAUAACAGAAGCUCAAAUAAGUGCAACAAGAGAGCUGAUCAAAAUGGGUGCGAGGCAUAUAAUAAUUCCUGGAAAUGCUCUAAUUGGUUGCUUUCCAUAUAUCUUAACUGCACUGCGUAGCAAUCAUCCCGACGCUUACGAUAAUUUGGGUUGUCUUAAAAGCGUAAAUGAUCUAAUCGCAUAUAAAAACGACAAUCUCCAAGCAGCUAUGAGAAAUCUGAGCAGAGAGUUCCCAGAUGUUAGCAUAAUGUAUGGCCCGAUGGAUCAAGGAAUGCGACAAGUUAUUACCGAGACAUUAGCAGGACCGUUUGGAAACACAACACUGCAAGCUUGUUGUGGAAUUGGAGGAAAAUACAACUACAAUAGCAGAAGGUUUUGUGGAAGUCGUGGUGUGCCUGUUUGCUCGAAUCCAAACAAUUACAUAUUCUGGGAUGGUUUGCACAUGACGCAAGAAGCCUCGCUUCGAAUCGUCAGGAUUCUCAUUCAGCCCGCACUUUCUACACUAAACUGUGCAACAUAA